CAAAAACAGCUUCUUAAAUUUGAAAUUACCUACAGAAACAGCACAACGUACAGAAUUCUGAUUUUCAGUAUUUUAUUUUUUUUUACUUUUAUUUUCUAGCACUUCAGCUUUUCCAAAUAUAAACAUGCCAUGGAGGUUUAACUGAAAAUAGCACAAAGAGGAAAACAGAGACGUCUUGGAAAAACAAUGGGACAGAAACUUACAAGCCAGUCGUCCAAGACCAAAAAAAAAAAAGGUCAGACAUUUUCAGAAAACCAGAUCAUCCACAACUCUCCAGAUAAUAUCGAUGAGCCGAUGAUAAUAGAAUCUUCAUGCGUCAAUUUCAACUUUGUUUUGAAAAAUGUUGCAGAAAUCCCAAGCUUUGUAUGGCAUCUGACUGACGUCCAAAAACUCAAUCUCUCUCAUAACAGAUUGGCUAAACUUCCACCUGCUCUGGGUAAGCUUGAACAAAUAGUUGUAUUGAACUUAAGUUGGAAUAAUAUUGUUUACUUGCCCAGAGAAAUUGGACUUUUGAAGAACCUCAAAGUCUUAUUUGUUAAUAUGAAUUUUUUGUAUGACGUCCCCGAGGAGCUGAGUUUGUGCAAUAAGCUUGAAGUUCUUAGUUUAUCACACAAUUGCAUCUCUGGACUUCCUACCACCUACAGCGACUUAACUAACCUGAGAAAAUUAAAUCUUAGCAAUAAUUGGAUAGUGAACAUUCCUGUGAGUGUUUUCCAGAUGAGAAAUUUGAAUUUUCUGCAUUUGGGUUCCAACAAAAUAGAGAAUAUCUCAGACAACAUUAAACAAUUAGAAUGCCUGAAGAUAUUUAUUGUUGAGAAUAAUAAAAUACGAGUUUUACCUCGGUCUAUUUGCUCACUAUCUACUCUUGAACUACUAAAUGCAGAUUUUAAUGUUUUAAAGACACUUCCAGAUGAUCUAUUUAUGUUAAAUAGAUUGUCAAGAAUCGCAUGGAAUCCAAUUGACAAAGGUCUCCAUAUAAUAAAUAAUCCCUUAGGUGAUCCUCUUGCAGAUUUGGCAAGAGGGGGGCUGAGUAUGCUAUUUGAUUACCUAAAAGACAGAAAGAAGAUGAUGUGACAACAAAUAUAUUGUCUGGGAAGGGGAAUGCCCUGGCGAUUUUAUGGGUCACUGCCUUUGUUUGGUUUAGAAGAUGUUCCUCCACCUACUGUAGAUGGUAAUACAUGUAAAAGCUUCUUAAGGACAUACUAUGAGCAUUAAAACAAUGAAAAGCUUAAUGAAGCAGUUUUGAUGUAUACAUAAUGUCCCUGCUGUCUAACUGCUCAAUUAUCUGCUGUCCGAGGGUUAAAUCACUUUGAUUAUGCAGCCCUGCCUACAUCUACCAUGGCUGUGAAAUACAAAACCUCCUAAAAAACUUUUUGGGGUGUGUUUACUUUAGAAGUUAUCAUCUACUCUGUUUAUUGACCUUUAAUCACACAGGAAGACACAGGAAUCUACUGUAGGCUCUCGCAGGAGAUAAUACAAUCUAAAUUAAAUUCACUGUGAAAUAAGGGAAGCUAAAAUAUUUAGCCUCCUUUUCAGGAAUUGUGUAGGGGGCUGUGUGAGUCUCUGUCGGGCGAUGUGCUUCAUAGACAGAAACAAAAUUGAUUUACCUCCAAAAUGGCAGAGAAAUGAGCUGUGAGACUGGAGGGGCAUGAUCUAUACACCAAAACUGCUUCAUUAAGGUAAAGUUGUAUUGGUGUUUAAAGUAUUUAUUUUUUAAAUAAUCUAACUGGUGUCUUGCAUUAGAGGUGCUAAAUAAUGGAGAUCUUAAUAAAGAAAUCAAAUGGCAAAUCCAUUCAGUGUUAUUUAUGAGCAUUCACACAAGGAAAUUCAAAGU